GAAAGAAAGAAAGAGUUUGAGCAGACACGCCCCCUCUGAGUGGAGGCACUAAUGAAAGAAAGAAGGAGGUUUGAGCAGACACGCCCCCCUCUCCACAUGUUGCAUUGGUUGUGUAAGGUUGUUCUCAAGCCUCGACUGACCCUCUGGAUGACCUCUGUGACCUCUGUGACCUCUGUACCCGAGCAGCAGCGGCAAGACAAGGCUGGGAGGAUGUCAGCUGGCAAACCAUCUCUCACCUUUGUCACUGGCAAUGUCAAAAAACUAGAAGAGGUAAAGGCAAUCAUUGGAGAAGAUUUUCCGUGGACACUCGUCAGCAAGGAUGUGGACUUGCCGGAGUUACAGGGAGAGCCGGAGGAUAUAGCCAGAGAGAAGUGCAAGCUGGCAGCUAUCAAUAUCCAGGGCCCUGUGAUAACAGAGGACAGUUCACUAUGCUAUACCGCACUGGAGGGAUUGCCCGGACCUUACAUCAAAUGGUUUCUGACAAAGCUUGGUCACAAAGGGCUAAACAAUCUGUUGGCUGCCUACACGGACAAGUCAGCCUGUGCUCAGUGCAUCUUUGCAUUCAGCCCUGGUCCGGGAGAUGAUGUCAUCUUGUUCACUGGUAGAACACAGGGCGUCAUCGUACCAGCGAGGGGGCCGUGUGAUUUCGGAUGGGACCCGAUCUUCCAGCCAGACGGAUUCGACAAGACUUAUGCCGAGUUGGAGGCAGCCAUCAAAAACACCAUCUCCCAUAGAUACAAAGCAGUGACGGCACUAAAAGAACAUUUUAUGGAACCACUGGCUAAAAGAUUGAAAACUGACGUGCCAUAAAAUCAUUCAUUUUGUAUUUUGUAUAUACAUCUAAUUAUUAUACAAAAAAUAUUUUGAUUUGCCAAUAAUUUCGUUCAAAAA